UUUCAACCGAAUCGGAAUCUCAACUUGUUUAUUGUUUUUUCCUCUCUUUCUUUUAACAACUUGCGUUGUGACUUGUGAGUGAUGAAAUCGACGUUUAUGUGUAAUGCCGUGAAAGAAAACAAAAACAGCUGGAAAAAAAUCUGAACGAGAGUCAUGUGUGUGGAAGUGAAACUGAAACUGAAACCACACGAUUUUUUUUUCUUUCUUUAUAGUUCGAAAUUCAAGUUGAUUUACUUAGAAUUUUGUAUAAGAUGCACGGAUUGAAGAUUGAGGAUACGUUAUUGUAGAUCACAAUAGAAACAACAUCAAAUUCAGGAGUUUCUAGAGGGGAAUAGAAACGUACCUGUCGGUUGUUCUUGCUUGAAGUUAAAUAAAUCAAAUGUUCAUGAUCUGAACUCACAGCUUCCUCUUGAUAUGCCGCCAAUUCUGGUUGAAGAAACUUCGUUUCCAGACGGAUUGCAUGGUUCACAGGUCCAAGAUGUUUAUAGUGUUUCAGUAGUACCAGAGGAAGCUGAAAAGGCAAACAGUGCUUCACCACUAGCCUGCUUAAGCGUUGUAGAGGUUCCUAGUCAAGCUAAAAGCGGGAUGUGUUUAGACACUCAUAUUAAUUGUCAAAACAACAGUGAUUUUCAAAUGAAGAGCAAAGCUAUUUAUACCCAGUGCAUAAUUGAUAUACCUAGUGUGAAUGGAAACUCAGUUUCCCCUGAAUCCUAUGAGGAAGGAGUUGAAAGUUUUAAAACUGGGAACUCGCCAACAAGCGUACUGUGCAGAGAAACAAGUCUAAAAGUAGGGGCAAAACUUAUGCAGAGUCUAGGGAGCUUCAACAAUCCCAGAGAUAAACCAGUCACUGAAAAGUUACAUGAUUUGCCGAGUAACAAAUGGAGAAGAUAUAAGCGCUCUACCUCAUUCGAUUCUAGAAAAGUUGCUCUCCUGUUUUCAAUAUUGUCAAGUUUGGGAACAUUGGUAUUGAUAUAUCUGACAUUGAGGGUCAGACAAAAGGCUGAUGGGUUUGUUCUUGUUUAAAGGCUCAGUCAUCGCCGCCUUGUGUCUUUAAGUGUAUACUUCUACGUUUCUACGGUUGUUUAAUUUUAGCAUGCUUGAAUUGUAAUAGAGCUCCUUCUGAUGUUGAAGAUUGGAUUUGGGAAAUGCUGCUAUUUGGCACAUAAAUGUAGAUUACGUUUAUCCUAAAGCUCCUUAUGUUAUUUACUCCUUCAGUGUCAUUUUUUGUAUUAAGUGGUUUCAUAUUCUAAAUUGUAUAAUUUUAAUAUACUAACAAAAUAUUACUACUUA